UGAUUUAUAAAAUAACCGUUAAAUUCAUUCAAGCUUCAAAAAGUUUGUUUACAUUCCAUAAAAUGUUGAAAACUGCAAAAUUAAUUAACAACUUCACUAUUGUGAGGAAAUUCCACAUUUCUACUGUAUUUAACAUUGAUCAAGAUUGGCGAAGAAAAAUGAAACUUCCAAUAAAUCCAAAUAAAGAAUCACCAUUGACAUACCUGUCAGAUUUCACUUAUAUAGACGGUAGACCAUCGGCACUCGGGAAAAAUCAAAAGAAAAGAUUAAUUAAGCAACGAGAGCUCUCGACGAAAAUUGUUGAUGGACUAAAUGAAAUCAACUUUGCUGUAGAACGUUUCAAACAAUUGUCUGUAAAAUCGGAGCUGGAAAAGAGGAGAAUUUUAGAUAGCAAGCUGAAAAUGAAAGGAUUUAAAAUGUUUAAAAACUGAAGAUCCAGACAACUUUUUGUUUGCUGCUGCUGCUGUUCUACAAAUUUAAAAUUAAAAAAAAAAGGCAAACGAAUUCUGGUGAAUUUCGAUAAUGCUUGAGUAAAAUAAAAUGCUGAAAUGUAAUGAAAAUGCUUUACAAGAAGAGUUCACAAAAUAAAUGAAUGAAAAAU